AUGAAAGGAACAGGAUUAAGUACUAGAAAUUUUUGUUGGUCUACCAUUUCUUCUUUAUUGUUGCCCAGAGUUCCAUUGGCUACAGCCAAGGCAGACUCUAUAAUUUUGGGAGUUCGUCGCGACAAAAACUCCUCUAUCUUGGAAGAAUUUCGUAAAGUGACUGACUUGUUUUUUGAGACAAAGCCCGAAGAUAAUGAUGUUCGUUUGUUUUGGAACGUCCAUGGAUAUACCCGUUUAGCUAUUGUACAAUUGAGUGAUCAAAUAACUGAGAAAUCUAUUCGAACCGCUGCUGCCGAAGCUUCUCGCUUGUUGAAAUCAAAUGGUGCAAAAUCAAUUGCUGUUGACGGUAUGGGAUUUCCUAAAGAUGCUGCUCUCGCAUCAGCAUUGGCUACUUUUGACUUUUCUAUGAGAAGAGAUCACUUGGCUGUUUUGCAAAAUGGAAAGACUGUCCCCAAAAAUGAAUUGUUUUCUUCUCCCGCUCCUGAAAAGAUUUCUCUCCAGCUAUUUACUCCUGCUUCAGCUUCAAAAGAAGCAAUCUUGGCUGCUCAAUCAAAAUUCCAUGAAGGUUUAGUUGAGGCUUCUGCUCAAAACAUGGCUCGUUCCCUUAUGGAGUGUCCUGCCAAUUACUUGACUUCUAUCGAGUUUUGCAACUUUGCUAAAGAGCUUUUCAAAGAUUGUCCAAACGUCGAUGUUGAAAUUCACGACGAGAAAUGGAUUGAUGAACAACGUAUGAACGGCUUGUUGUCUGUCAACGCUGGUUCUGAUAUUCCCCCUCGUUUUUUGGAAAUCAAGUAUCGUGGUGCUGCUAACUCAGCCGACAAGUCUGCCGCUGAGGAAUGGCUUGGUCUUGUUGGUAAGGGUAUCACUUUUGAUGCUGGUGGUAUCAGCAUUAAGCCUUCAAUGAACAUGAAGGAAAUGCGUGCUGAUAUGGGUGGUGCCGCAGUUAUGCUUUCGGCCAUCUACGCAAUGAGUCAGCUUUCUAUGCCCAUCAACACCGUUUUUGUGACUCCUUUGACAGAAAACCUUCCCUCCGGUUCUGCUGUCAAGCCUGGUGAUAUUAUAUUCAUGAGAAAUGGUUUGAGUAUCGAAGUCGACAAUACCGACGCUGAGGGUCGUUUGGUCCUUGCCGAUGCUGUUCACUACGUUACCUCCAACUACUCUACAAAGGCCGUUUUGGAAGCUAGUACCUUAACAGGUGCCAUGUUGGUUGCACUUGGCAACGUUUAUACCGGAGCGUUCGUUCAAGGCGAAGAGCUUUGGAAGAACCUCGAAGCAUCUGCCGAAACUGCUGAUGAUCUUUUCUGGCGUAUGCCUUUCCACGAUGCUUACUUGAAGCAAUUGACAGGUUCCUCGAAUGCAGAUUUAUGCAAUGUCAAUCGAGCUAGCGGUGGCGGCGCAUGCGUUGCUGCUGCUUUUAUCAAAUGUUUCUUAGCCAAAAAGGAUGUUUCCUUCGCCCAUCUUGAUAUUGCUGGUGUCAUGGACAAGAAAUUGAACGCCUGGGACUGUGAUGGUAUGAGUGGCCGCCCUGUUCGUACAAUCAUUGAAUUGGCUCGUAAAUAUUAA